GAUUGGCUUUUUUCGUAGUGUUAUUCCUCGAUGAAGCUGCUGUUGUGGAUGCCCGAGUGGAGUUGAAUAAGUGUUGACUGGUUGUUUCUUCCUCUGGACUGAAAUUUCAGGCUCCAAGAUGCCGGUCUACGCAGUUGAGCCGGAAAAUGCCACGAAGUCUUGUAAGGCACGCGGGUCCAACCUCCGUGUGCACUUCAAGAACACCCGUGAAGCCGCCCAGGCCAUCAAGAACAUGCACAUCCGCAGGGCUUCACGCUAUCUGAAGGAUGUCGUCGACAAGAAGCAGAUCAUACCUUUCCGCAGGUACAGCGGUGGUGUUGGUCGCAAGGCCCAAUGCAAAGCCUUCAAGCACUCCCAGGGUCGCUGGCCCAAGAAGAGCGCGGAGUUCUUGCUGCAGCUUCUCAAGAAUGCUGAGAGCAACGCUGAGCUGAAGGGUCUGGAUGUCGACACUCUGGCUAUUGAGCAUAUCCAGGUCAACCGUGCCCCUCACAUGAGGCGUCGUACUUACCGUGCCCACGGUCGUAUUGGACCCUACAUGUCAUCUCCUUGUCACAUUGAGAUGAUCCUUACCGAGCGCGACCAAGUCGUUGCCCGUGCUGAGGGUGAUGAGGCACCCAAGAAGAAGGUGUCCAAGAAGAAGUUGGCCCGUGAGAAGAUGAAGAACAGGGAUGCUUAGACUCGGCAGUUUUGAUCGUGGCUGGAAAAAAAUAGUAAAUGGCA